UUUCGGCGCGGGGUUUCGUUGCCGAGCUUUUUCUCAUGCUAGUUUAUGGUGUAUUUCGGGAAGAGAUUGAACCCUAGAUUUUGUGAUUAGUAGUGAUUCCUUCUUAGGUUGGAGAUUGGAGAUUCUUCUUGGACAAUCUUGGAUUGUAGCAGAAGAGUGGCUGAUUUCUGUCUUUCGGAUUCUGCGAUAAGGAUCGUUUACAGUACUGUUUGCAUUAUCAAGGAUGUCUAGGUGUUUUCCUUAUCCUCCCCCGGGUUAUGAGAGGAAAAGUGGUGCCCUAGACGAGGCCCUGAUCAAUUCGAUUAAGCUCCAGAAAGAAAGGGAGAAGGGCAAAAAGGAAAGGAAGAAAGAGAAAAAGAGGGAGAAGAAAGAGAAGAAGGGGAGAGAGAGGGAGAAAGGAGGUGUUGAAGAGAAACUACAGAAACAUGUGAAGAGGCUCAAGAAUGAAAGGAGCAAGGUAGAACACAAGGGAGGAGAUCAUCCAAGAAAAGAAGAAGCUGAACAAUUCGAGAGGAGCGGUCUUACUGAAGAACAUGGGCACCCUGUCGCAGCCCAGAACUUAUAUGACUCUUCUGACAGCACUCAGAACAGCCACAAGAGGAAAAAGCACUGCUCGCCAUCUAGUAGCAGCCAUAACCUAGGGAGCAUACUUCGCAUUCGUUUGAAACAGAAGGAUCAAAAAAUUCUCCCCAGCAAUAAGUUGCCCGGUUCAAAUUCUGGCAAGACUGGUUACAUUUCGCAAGGGAAGUAUGAAAUUCCGCCUAGACUUUGUCAAGAGCAGCUCCAUUCUUCCUCUGGAAGGCAGCAGCAAUGUUCUACCUCUGGAAGGGCUUUUGUUGCAGAGCAGCAGAGUUUGAAACAGGACAAUCAAGAAACUCUUCCCAGUAAAGAGUUGACUCGUUCAAAUUUGUUGAAUGCUGGUCCUAUUUUGCAAGGAAAGAUUGGAAUUUCUCCAAGAUACAGCGAAGUACAGACAUGUUCUACAUUGGAAAGGGCUACUGUUGUUAUGCAAGGGAAGUGUGAAAAUGAUCCAAAGCCCAUCGAAGGACAAACUUGUUCUACAUCUGGACUACUGGGUGUACAAGGUUUAGACAUUACUGAAAGUGCUCGGAGGUCCAGCAGCAAGCUAAAGAAGAGAGAGUCUCGAUAUAGAGAUUUGAUCGAAAAUUGGGUUCCUCCUAUUAUUGAGAAUUCUCUCUCUGAUUUCGAUGACGAGGAAUGGUUUUUUAAGACACAAUCUAAAUCAGAGCGCGUGGCAAAAAGAUAUAAACCAAGCAAUGAUGAAGGGUGCCUAGGAAGCUCUGAUCUCUGGCCACGGGCAUGUUAUUUGCCCGGUGCUGAUGUAUAUGUGUUGCCUUACACGGUUCCUUUUUGAAGCUGGUUUGUUCCUGCGGGCAAAUUAGGGAGGCGUGGUUUUAUUUCCCCCACCUUGCGCCCAAACGUGAUGUGAAACACACUCUUUCAUGAAUACAGUUCAUCGCUGAGAUAUCAACAGAGAAGGGA